AUGGCUCACGAUUAUAUAUUUUGUCGACCUCCAGUGGAAGAACCCACAUGUAUUCCGCGGGUGAUAAACCAGAAAUUCAAUGUCAACGUGAGUAUCGGAUUUCUGACAAGAAAUGUUGGUAAUUUCACAUACCAUGAUCCAUCUGUUAAGUCGCUUGAUGAUCCAGGGAGGAAAACAGAAGAUAACAUCAUAGCAGGAAGCGUUGUUGGGAUUCUAAUCUUUGGUCUGCUGGUAUCUUUGGGCAUUCUUUUUGUAAUGAUGAGAAAACGUAAGCUCAUGAAGAAAGAGAAAGCCGGUCUGCUAUAUAAAAUGGAUAAAAUAGAAGCAAAGUUUGAAACUCAAUGCAGUGAAGAAAUCUCUGCAUUACAAACUGCCGUCUCUGAUUUAACAAGCAAUCUAAAAGGGGAGAACGCCUUGUUUCGAGAAUAUGAUGUGUAUGCUAUGUAUAGCUACUUUUCAUUUCAGGCUGAACAGGCUCAACAAGCUUUGGAUUCCUUUAAAGGAUUACUACGUAAAAGACAGUUCCUUCUCAUAUUGAUUAAAACAUUGGAAAAAGAGCAGUCUUUUACAAAAAAUGACAAGUCAAGUGUUGCCACAAUACUGAUGAUUCUGAAUCACGACAACAUGGAAUAUGUGACUAGCAUACUAACAACACUGCUAGAUGACCUAAUUGACCAGAACAUUGCAUCAGGUACCCCGAAACUUCUCCUCAGUAGAUCAGAAUGUGUAACCCAGAAACUAUUCUCCCAUUGGCUGUCAGUCUGCUUGUACCUUUUCCUUAAAGAGCGGUGUGGAUCAGCAUUGUAUAUGCUAUACAAAGCAAUCAAAAUUCAGUCUGAGAAAGGACCGAUAGACUACAUAACAAACUGUGGAAAAUAUACGCUUUCGGAGGAUAAACUGUUCACACCGGCCGAUAACGAGAUCAAUCCAGUUACUCUGACACUUGACGUUACCCAUGUUGAUGUUAUUGACAACAAGGAAAAACAGAUUUCUGUUCAAGUUCUUGACUGUGACACUGUCACUCAAGCAAAGGCUAAAAUGCUGGAGAUUUUUUAUAAGAAUGUGCCAUACUCGCAGAGACCUUCAGUACAUAGCACAGAACUAGAGGUGAAAGAAGAUGAUAGGGAUCCGAAAAUAUUGUUGAGUGAUGAUGAUGACUCCAGUACAAAGGAUGGUAUAUGGAAGAGAAUAAAUACACUUCAGCACUACAAGAUUCACGAUGGGGCUAAAGUUAACCUCUUCUUCAACAUAGAAUUAAAAGAAUCCUUUACAGCAGUCGCACCGGAAGAAUCACCAGAUUCAUUCAUUGUCGGUAAUUUUAGAAGUUCGAAACCAAUCGUGAGGUCCAUCAGUGGGUCAAACUUUUGGCACCUGACAAAACAGCAUCAGACCGAUGACGAAGUACAGUUAGCCAGUGACCUAUUUCUUCCGGGAUUGCUUAACACAAAGGGCACACUGCAGACGUACAUAGAUGACCUAUUUCAGGCCGUCCUGAGUGUCGGAGAGAAGCCGCCAAUUAUUAUUAAGUUUCUGUUUGACCACCUAGAUAGUGCCGCUUCAAGGCGCGGUCUAAACGAUCCGGAUGUUCUACAUGCCUGGAAGUGUAAUAGUUUGUUGCUAUGCUUUUGGAUGAACAUCAUCAAGAACCCAGAGUUUGUUUUCGAUGUUCACAAACCUCCUAUUGUCGACUCGUGUCUGUCUGUUGUUGCUCAAACCUUAAUGAACAGUUGCUCUACUGUUGACCUUGUUUUUUGUCCGAGUUCACAAACAAAAAAGCUCCUGUUUGCCAAAGAAAUACCCAGAUACCAAUCUUUGGUACGCCAGUAUUUUGAGGACAUAAAAAUGUCGCCAGCAAUCAGUGACCAAGAACUUAAUUCGUACCUUAAACAAAAAGUAUCACAGAAAUUUUAUGGCAAAUUCAACCAGUCGAGUGUUUUAACGCAAAUGUAUGAGUAUGCAGCCAAAUACAGGAAUGAGAUCUACAAAGCAAUGGACAAUACAGAAACACCUACACCCGAAAGUAUUUCAUCUCUCUCAUCAAAACUAGAGUCUGUUUUUAAAGCUAUGGAUUGCUAAAUAAAACAAAAAUGUGUAAAUAUAUAUUAAAAGAGCUGUAAGUGGUAAUAAGGAACAGCAGUUUCUGAUCAGGUUAUUCAUAAUGGUUUUGAAAAAAAAAAAUUUAAGAAAUACACGGAAUGAAAUCGGAUGCGUAUUAAAUUCAAACAAAAUGACAAAUUUAAGUAGGCCUACAAAUAAGAAAUCAAUAAGCCAAUCUGUUAUAAACUUAAUACCCAUGUUUUAUAAGCUUUAUAUUGAUAUUCAUUCUCCUAACUGAUAAUAUUUUGCCAUCUAAAUUUAAUUUAUAAAGUCUAUAUAUGUGUGCAUGAAAUUUCAUUUCUUGAAGAUUUGUAGUGACUUUGUCGUAUUUAUUACUUUUUUUAAUGUUGGCGCUUUCAGUAUUAAAUAUCUUCGUAUUUGUACCUCUUAAUUCAUUGAGCCAAUAUAAAACGCAUUUGAAUAGUAAGAGGCGGUUCAAAAUUGUAACGAAACAUCAUAACAUCAAAUAUAAACGAAAAUAUUUGUAAAGAAGUGAAUGACAAUAAAAUUAAGUGUGUCGAAAUUUCAUGUUUGUGGAUGUGUCAGGAUUUUACUGUUGUUUUUUUUAAUGCUUUAUUGCAUGUUUUUUG